AUGCGGAGUAUCCAGCACGGACUCCUUCUCCUGUGCGUCGCCUUUCCAGGUGUACUAGGCGCGGUGAUUGAGAGCAGAACUGAGAACACUGUGUCCAUUCCUGUGCGUCGGAGAGCUAGAGCUCCCCGCGUCCCCAUCGACAUCGCUUCGAUCGUUGCAUCUCGCGGCGGUAAGAUCGGAUCGACCAAGAGCGUGUUCGUUAUCCUCCAGGAUGACGAGGAUGGCAUACCUCUUCAGGUGAUAGACGACCCAGAUGAGGAAGAGCCUCCGGUGGAAGAGGAACCUGUCGAAGAACCUGUCGAGGAGGAACCAGUAGAGGAAGAGCCUGUUGAAGAGGUCCCAGCGGAAGAAGAAGAGCCCAAAGAGGAGCCAGUUGAGGAAGCUCCCGUCGAGGAACCCGUUAAGGAAGAGCCUCCGCCGGAAGAACCUCCGUCGGGAGAACCUCCUGUCGAGAAAGAGCCUCCUGCCGAGGAGGAGGAACCCGUUGAGGAGGAGCCCGUUGAUGAGGAGCCCGUCGAGGAGGAGCCUGUCGAGGAGGGACCUGAGGAACCCGUGAAAGAAGACCCAGUUGAAGAAGAACCCCCCGCUGAAGAAGAGCCCGUGAAAGAAGAGCCUCCCGCAAAAGAGGAACCCGAAGAGCCACCGGCCGAGGAGGAGCCACCGGACGAGGGUGGUCACGAUCACGGCGGCGAAGCUCCAGCUGAACCUCCUGCCGAGGAGCCUCCGGCCGAGGAAGAACCGCCCGCCGAGGAAAAGCCCGCGGGACCCCCGCUUCCUACUGUCAAGUCCAUCACUUGGGAAGGUAGUGGUUGCCCGGAAGGCCCCGAGGUGGAUGGCCUAGAGCCCGUGAUUUUCGAUCUACCCAGUGACGUCCGUGAGAUCGCCAUCUACUUCAAUUUCAUCAUCGCCACGCUUGGCCUCGAGCAGCCCGAGGAAUCCGAGUGCCACAUCAGCAUUGAGGUCGAGAAUAUUCCUCCGGGGUGGCGCCAGCAAGUUUUUAAUGUGCGCGCGGAAGGAGAAAUCUACCUGGAGACUGAUACCAUGGCUGUGUUUAACAGCAGUAUUUGGUGGAGCGGUGAAGGAAAUCCCGUUUUCGAGAAGGGCAAAUACUGGCCCAACAAUGAGCCCGACAGGCAGGUCAGCACCCAUUACUUGACCGACCCUCUCCUCCUCUCCCAACUGGAGCCCGCGGAGCAAGCAAAAUACUUCUCGGCCUGCUCAGCCAAUGAUGAGCCCACCUCCGGAACUCUGAACUUGAAGGCUGGAGUGAGCGUGCGUACCGAUCUUGAUGUGCAACCCCUGGCGCAAGUCACCAUUGGUCUUCUUAUAAUUGAGAGCCGUCUUGUGCCAUGCGAGUAA